CGCGACUCCAGGAAUUGCAUCAGCGCCGUCAUGAAGCUUUCCAACCAGUCCGAGGUGCCGGUCUACACCAUCUCCGGCUCCAAUACUGCUCGUCCACUUCCUGAGUGGCUUGCCAGACGACGCAAGCGCAGUUUGAAAAAUGACCCGGAGUAUGCGAAUCGAGUCGAGCUGCUUCAAGAUUUCGAGUUCGAAGAGGCCAGUCAAUGUAUUCGAGUCAGUGAGGAUGGCGAAUGGGUCAUGAGUACAGGAACCUAUAAGCCUCAAAUCCAUACCCAUUACCUUCCGCAGCUGUCGCUUUCAUGGGCUCGUCAUACGGAUGCCCUAAACACAACCUUCAUCCUACUCUCUUCCGACUAUUCGAAAUCUCUUCACCUGCAAUCCGACCGCUCCCUUCAGUUCCACACACCCUCGGGGUGCCAUUACACCACGAGACUUCCCAGAUACGGCCGUGAUCUGAUAUACGACCGAUUUUCUACGGAUGCGAUGGUGCCCUCUGUUGGUGUUAACCAGGAUGGAAUGGGUGAGGUCUUCCGACUCAACCUUGAAAUGGGUCGCUACAUGCGGAGUUUCGAAGUUGAUGUUGGUGGUGACGAUUUCACUUCGGCCGGCGGAGGAGCCCUGCAGGGUGGUAUCAACACGGGUGCGGUCAAUACGGGAGCCAUCGCCGAGGAUAGUCACGGUCUUCUGGCGUUCGGUACCACGCUAGGAACCGUGGAGCUAUGGGAUCCCAGAGCCAAGGGCAGAGCAGGAAUCUUACUACCGCCCACACAGUCGGCGGCCGAUGAUCUGCGGGCCGAGAUUACAGCACUGGAGUUCCAGCGCUCGGGUUUGACUCUGGGAACUGGCUCUUCCAACGGCCUUAUCCAUCUCUACGAUCUUCGAUCCCCUGUUCCUCUUCUGAAGAAGGAUCAAGGAUACGGCUUCCCGAUUCACACCCUCAAGUUCCUCCAGCCUUCAACAUCCACUCGCGAGCAGACCAUGGAACCCAAGAUUCUCUCGGCAGACAAGAAGAUUAUCAAGCUUUGGGACCCUCGGGAUGGCACUCCCUGGACGUCUGUGGAGCCUGCUGUUGACAUGAACUCCGUUGCCUGGUGCAAGGACAGCGGAAUGAUUCUGACUGCCAACGAAGGACGACAGCAGCACGCAUUCUUCAUCCCCCAGCUUGGACCCGCGCCCAGAUGGUGCUCGUUCUUGGAUAACCUCGUGGAGGAGAUGGCUGAAGAUCCCAACGAUCCUAACUCUUUCAGCACCGGCCAGUCUGGAUCCGUUUACGACAACUACAAGUUCUUGACUGUUCCUCAGCUGAAGACUCUGAACCUGGAGCAUUUGAUUGGCAGGACCAAUCUUUUGCGUCCUUACAUGCACGGUUACUUUGUGGCUCAGCGCUUGUAUGAGGAGGCUCGUCUGAUCACCAACCCGUACAUUUGGGAAGAACAGCGUGCCAAGAGAGUCAAGGAGAGAAUUGACCAGGAGCGUGAGAGCAGAAUCCGCGGCAAGAAGAAGGCGGCCGUCAAGGUCAACAAGAACCUGGCCGAGAAACUCAUGGCUAUCGAAGACAAGAACGAGCGCAAGAAGGCCCAGCGCGUGCUUGAUCGUGGCGGUGACGAAGACAUGGUCGAUGCCCCUGCGACAACCGACAAACCAGAGCCCGAACAGAAGGGUCUGCUUGGCGACAGCCGUUUCACCCAACUGUUCGAGGACGAAGACUUUGCCAUCGAUGAAACCUCGCGUGAAUUCCAGCUUCUCAACCCCAGCACCGUUCCCGACCAGUCUACCCGAAAGGAGCGAGGCCUCACUGCUGUGGAACAGGAAGCGAUCGACGAUGUGCCCGGUUCGAGCUCCGACGAUUCGGACUCCGACAGCGAGCAACGACCUGCCCAAGAAAAGCCCUCCAACAAGAUCUCCACCUCUUCCUACAAACGCACCAACCGUGCCCCGGCCCAGCCCCGCAUGCAGGUUUCCUCCUCCAGCGGCGCCAAUUCUUCGCGCGAUCGUUCAUUCGGCUCUCGGGCCCAGAAUAUGCGCGGCAAGCAGAAGCCUGCGCGCCGUGGCGGCGGCGUGGUCGGCGAGAGAGAAGUGACCUUCCAGCCGCAUGUGGCGUCCAAACGAGCCCCGGAACCACAAUUCGACAAGACCAGCUUCAAGGCAAAGGAGCGACGAAGCGCUUCAGGAAACACGUUCCGGAAAAUGUGAUUUGUCGGGAUUUACGCGAAGCUUUGUUCCAUUCGAUACCCCUGCUCUUGAAGAAGAAAAAAUAAGCAAGGUGCUGCUUAACGAAAACAUGAAAAUCAGAGGGAAACCUAGCGAAUUCUCGUCACAGUCAUCGUUCCCAGUUGCGUCACGGACUCGCAUGGACCGGACAGGGCUAUCUGCAACGCUCUUUACCUUUGUAAGAGUCGCUGACCGCUUCUUGCGUAUCUUUGUGCCACGCCCUUGGUCUUAAACGUCCAUCAUGCGGACCAUUCAGUGUCAGUGUUUCACUCGCCACUGAAACGCGUUCCGCCCUCAGUAGUCGCAUGGAUAGCAUCCUACUCUGAGUUUCAGAACCAGAACGACCCCCACGAAGCGAACCAAUUCUAUGGACAAGAAGAGGCAAAGGAACGAAUGAUAGACGAAAUGAAAGCUAGACCCUGUGUAUAAUGUACUGUAUAUAUGACCUAGAACCAAAAGAAUUGCAUUACGC